AUGACGAUAGUGGCGAUGCGCACGAUGGCCGCGAACCUGAAGCAGAAGCUCCCCGUCGCCGUCCAGCGGGUGUUCGCGUCUUCUCGGGCUCCGGGAACCUCCAGCAAUACUGCUGCCGCCAUCGACAGCCUUGAUCCAGAAUUACGCCGCCGGGUGCUCAAUGAUGUUGAUAAGCUCAUCAGGAGGAACCGCAGGAACGACCUCUUGGUCGCUGGUGCUGGCUUAAGUUUUGGAGGGAUUGUCAUGUCAUAUUUGGCUCAUCGACUCACCAGUCGAAGUGAUGACUGGCUCACCAAGUGA